AGCAGCUAACAGGAUCAGAGAAGGUCACACGCUGCAGAGACACUCCCACAUGCAGCUCUUCAUAUCUUGGCACUGCACACUACACUAUAGUGAGACUUGGACCUUUAGAACAUGGACACCGUCAGACAUGGACUCCACAGCUGGUUACUAUUUCUGCUCUGGAACAAAGGUCUAAGUGAUGGAAGUGAUGUCACCCAGACUGACAUACUGUGGGGGAAAAAGGAUGACACUGCAACAAUAAACUGCAGCCACACUAAGGACAGUACAUAUCGACAGAUGUACUGGUACAGACAGCUGCCAGGGGAGAGCAUGAAGCAAAUCGUUUUUACAACUGCUUUCAGCAAACAUGAAUAUGAAAGUGGCUUCAGUGUGGAGAAAUUUCCAGCAACAAAGAGCGAUGCUCUGACUGGAUCUUUGACGGUGGAGAAGCUGCCGCCUGAGGACAGUGGAGUGUAUUUUUGUGCUGUGAGUCAACACAGUGAUACAAGUCUAACUGAUGGGAGUGAUGUCACCCAGACGCCGGACAUACUGUGGAAAAACAAGGCAGACAGUGCAACAAUAAGCUGCAGCCACACCAAGGGUGGCAGCUACUUCCAGAUGUACUGGUACAGACAGCUGCCAGGAGAAACAAUGAAACUAAUCGUGUUCACAAGACUCGGCAACAAAGAUCAUGAUUUUGGAGUUUUUAGCAAAGAGAAAUUCUCAGCCACCAAGCCUGACGCUGAGAGUGGGACAUUCACAGUGAACAAUCUGGAGCCUGAAGAUAAAGGCUUGUAUUUCUGUGCUGUGAGUGAACACAGUGAUACAGACACUUUCAACAGCUGAACAAAAACCUCAGUGCACUGUUGGCUCUAUUAGUGAGUCUAUCUGCUGUACUGUAGAGGGACCUCAAGGACCACAAACACUCAGUUACACUUUUGAUCAGAAGCCACACAAUAUAUGACACUCCCACCUGCAACUUUAUAGAUCUCCAACUACACUGACAGUUAUAUUAGACCGGUUGCAGUCACUGAAUUGCAGA